AAAGUGUAAACAUAUCCACCGAUAACUUGGCCGUUGUUAAACGGAAUCACCGAUCGAAGUUUCUUCUCUACAAAAUCCUAUACAAACGUUGGAGCCUGUUUCCGGUCUCUUCGCUUUUGCUUCCCUUUUUCUGUAUUUGUUCUUUGAUAUUUAUAUACCAGACACAAAUUUUGUAGACAUCGAGAUAUUUUGGUGGCGAAUUUGAAUCGUUAUCAUUGUCCUUUUCUCCAUAGAUAUCUAUUCUCUUUUACCCACAACCCAAUUUGGAUUUCCCUUCCACUCUAAUUUGUAAUCCAAAGGAAACUGAUUCUACCCAUCUGACUUCUGUUCGUUAUCUCUUCUUCGUUUGUGGGUUCUUCGUUUUUUCAGGUUCGAAUUUUCCAUCCAACGUUGUCGGAUUCUGGAAAAAAAACAAUCUAAUCUUCAUAUUUAUAGCUUUUCUGGUCUCUAAGAUGGCGUUGGCUUCAAAAUUCUGUGUUUUUCCACUUUACAUUUGGUGACAUCGUUUAAUUAUUUAUUCAACUUCUUCAAGUUCUUUGGCAACCAAUGUGGAAAAGUUUCCUCUUACGCGAGGACUCAUAUUAGCAGUCAAUUGCUUCUUUAUGGUUGGUUUCUUUGAUGUUAUGUUGAAUAGUGGCUAGAUUUUUAUAUGUGAAGCACACAUUGCCUGACAUUAAUGAAAGUAGAAACUGAGUUCAUUCUAUUUCGGUAUGAUUUUUCCAAGAUCCCUGGAGAUACUUAUUCAAUUAUGAGUUAUUAUACUGUUUUUGUAGUUCCUGCUUACCUCCUUUGGAAUCUUAGCUAAUGGAUAAUUAUCUUAUGACGCAGAAGUUUCUUGUUAGGAUGGAUAGUUUACCAGAAGUAUUGAUUUGGGAAAUAUUGAACAGAGUUAAGAAAACAGUUGACAGAAAUUCUUUGGCAUUGUCAUGUAAGCGGUUUCAUCGUUUGGAUAAAGAAAACAGACAGUUCCUUCGAGUUGGUUGUGGAUUAGACCCUGCAGAUGAAGCUUUGACAUCUCUGUGUCUUAGGUUUCCCAAUUUAGUACGAAUCGAGAUCACGUAUUCAGGUUGGAUGUCAAAACUAGGGAAGCAAUUGGAUGAUCAUGGACUUUUCAUCCUCUCGAACCAUUGUCCAUCUCUAACCGAUCUCACCUUAAGCUAUUGCACAUUCAUCACUGACGUCGGACUUCGGAAUUUGACUUCCUGCUACAAGCUUUCAGCUCUGAAGCUGAAUUUCACCCCUAGGAUCACCGGCUGUGGCAUAUUUUCAAUCGCUGUUGGAUGCAAAAACCUCACCGUUCUCCAUCUUAUUCGAUGUUUGAAUGUCAGCAGUGUCGAGUGGCUUGAAUACUUUGGCAAGCUUGAAACACUUGAAGAUCUCUCGAUUAGGAACUGUAGAGCAAUAGGUGAAGGUGAUCUGAUAAAGCUAGGCCAUAGCUGGCGAAAGUUGAAGCGACUGCAAUUCGAAGUAGAUGCUAACUACCGAUACAUGAAAGUUUAUGAUCGUUUAGCUGUUGAUCGAUGGCAAAAGCAAUGGAUCUCAUGUGAUGACAUGUUGGAACUUAGCUUGGUGAACUGCAUAAUCAGUCCAGGGAGAGGACUUGCGUGUGUGUUGGGAAAAUGCAAAAACUUGCAAAAAGUUCACUUAGAUAUGUGUGUUGGAGUCAGAGAUUGUGAUAUAAUAAGUUUGGCUCGAGAAUCACGAAAUCUCCGCUCCAUUUCCCUCCGAGUUCCAUCAGAUUUUUCGCUUCCAUUGUUAGCCAACAACACACUGAGAUUAACAGAUGAGAGCUUAAAAGCCUUAGCAGAGAACUGCUCCCAUCUCGAGUCAGUCAGAAUCUCAUUUGCAGAUGGUGAAUUCCCCUCGCUAUCUUCCUUUUCCCUCAAUGGGAUCCUUGUUUUAGUUCGCAUGUGCCCCGUUCGAGAGCUCUCCCUCGAUCAUGUCUACUCCUUCAACGACAUGGGGUUGGAAGCCCUCUGCUCAGCCUCCUAUCUCGAAUCUCUAGAGCUCGUAAGAUGCCAAGAGAUAAGCGACGAUGGCCUACAGCUAGUGAGCCAGUUCCCUCAAUUGCAAAACCUACGGCUGAGCAAAUGCUUGGGGAUCACUGAUGAUGGUCUGAAGCUGCUGGUCGACACAUACAAACUCGAAUCAUUGGUUGUGGAGGACUGCCCUCAAAUCUCCGAGAGGGGUGUCCAUGGCGCUGCGAGAGCCAUAUCGUUCAGGCAAGACCUGUCAUGGAUGUAUUGAAACUUAACUGAGUUUUCAUCUCACAUCAAUAGUGAUCAGUAAUCUUCGAUAACGAUUGUAAUGUAUUAACUUAGUCCAAAAUGUGAAGAAAAAAAUAAUAAUGGACUCAUUCAUUUGUCAAAUAA